UCACCUGAUGACACUUCACGGAGGAGCCAAGCUCACUUCAAGCAAGCUGCGAGAAGAGUACUGGGUAAUGGGAGGAAACAAUAGAGUCAAACAACAAGUUCGAAAAUGUGUCAAGUGCCAAAAAAUUGAUGGGAAAAAACAAUAUCAGCUGAUGGGCGAUCUUCCUGCCGCCCGUGUCAACGAAGCAAAACCAUUUUUUCACACCGGAGUCGAUUACACGGGAUUCGUUGACAUAAAAGCAAGCAAGGCACGUGGAAGCAGAACGUUGAAAGGUUACGUUGCCGUUUUCAUCUGCAUGGUCACAAAAGCAGUACACUUAGAACUUGUAACAGAAUUAACAAGCUCAGCAUUCCUGGCAGCUCUAAGGAGGAUGGCCGCCAGAAAAGGAGCCCCAAAGCACCUAUACUCAGACCAAGGAACCAACUUCGUAGGCGCAAAUAACAUUUUGAAACAACAAUGGAAUGAAAUCCAAAACACAUUCGACGAUAACUUCUUAGCGAAUAUCGCUGAAAUGGAGAUCGAGUGGCAUUUUAAUGCCCCGUCCUGGCCUAGCGCUGGCGGGCUCUGGGAAAGAGCAGUCAGAAGCCUAAAACAUCAUUUGAAACGGGUAGUGGGUGAACAAAAACUUACUUACGAACAGUACGCAACAAUUUUGGCCCAACUGGAAGCUUGCCUAAAUUCUCGCCCACUAUGCCCACUAACCGAUAACAUUGAUGACUUAAAUACAUUGACCCCAGCCCAUUUCUUGCAAGGAAGAGCAGGAGUCACUAUAAUGGAAACAUACGAGGACGCACGCACGAAAUGGAAUUUGACACAAAAAAUAUUCAGUGACAUUUGGAAAAGGUGGAAGUCUGAGUACUUAAGCCUACUAACAGCAAGACAGAAAUGGUGCGAUCCUCAGAAAAACCUAGAAAUAGGAGAUAUAGUGGUCAUACACGAAGAUAAUUUGCCGGCAGGAAAAUGGGCGCUUGGGCGAGUAAUCGACGUGCACGCAGGUCAAGACGGAUAUGUGAGAGUAGUAACAUUAAAAACAGAAAAGGGAAUACUCAAAAGACCCAUAGUAAAACUAUCUGUCUUACCCCUGGAAAAGCCUAAACCAGAAAAACUACCCGCUGAACAGAAUUCCCUGAAACAAUCAAAAACGAAAAAACCAGGCAAAAGGGGAUACAUGGCAACCAUGUUAAUGAUGCUAUUUUAUUUCCUUACAAUUUUGACAGCUGGAAAUUGCGUCAAAAUGACGCCUAUCAACGAAGGUCAAGGGUUGUACUUCGAUAAACUGGGAACAAUGCAGCUAGUUAGAGACGAGUGGAAACUAGUUGCGUACUACGACAUGAGCCCUUUCUGGGAAGGGGUAACUGCAUACAAAAAGUACAACGAACAAUUGGAAACUAUUUGUAAACAAGUAAGAAGCCUUUCACACUGUGACGUCAUCCUUCUACAACUACGGCAUUCAUACGAUGAGCUGCAACAUUACAAUAAAGUAUUAUCCAGACAUCAGCUGAAACAGCAGACACGCAAGAGACGGGGAUUUAUCAAUGGUGUCGGGAACCUAGCGAAUACUUUAUUCGGAGUCUUGGAUGAUAGAUUCGCUCAACAAUAUCAAAAGGACAUAAGUCUUAUCAGAACAAACGAAAAACACCUCGUCACAAUGUGGAAAAAUCAAACAUCAAUCGUAGAAGCCGAAUAUAACAUGCUCUUAAGAACCAAAGAUACGAUACAAAAGCAACACAAAUUAAUACACCAACAUUUACUUUCUUUAGAAAAGGACACCACUGCAAUGGAGAAAGAAAUCACAGCCGCAGAGAGCAUAUCUCAAUUUACAGUCGUAGCCAUGGCUGCAAAUAAUUUAUUAAGUUACCUUAAAACAAUACAAGACACGUUAUUAGAGACCAUAACAAACAUUUACAAUGAUAAAAUGAACAUACAUAUUAUUAGCCCCGAGCAACUACAGAAAGAAUUAAACACUAUCUCUGGUCAACUUCUAAGCGACCUUACCCUACCAAUCGACAACACACAAACAAACCUUCAAAACAUCUACAAACUAUUAAAAGUUAAAGCUAGAAUGACUGACCAAUAUAUGAUAUUUGAGAUUUGCAUUCCAUUAAUAACUCGUGAUCGUUACGAUCUUUAUAACAUUAUUCCGGUCCCGCAUAGCUCAAACAGAAAUAUGAUAUCUGUUAUCCCCAUAGAAAAAUACGUAGCAAUGAACCUUCAAAAGGACGCAUACAUGCCAUUACAGGAAAGAGAUUUCGAAGUUUGUAUUAUACGAGACACGUUUACGUAUAUGUGCCCGCUUAAGGUCCCCAUAUACAAAAUGAACACCGACCAGGAUUUGUGUAUAAAGGACGAAAAGGAGAAUUUACAAUGCAAAACAAGCAUAGCCGCGUGCCAGAACAAGUGGAUUAGUUUAUCAAAGCCAAAUUAUUACUUAUAUUUUUGUUGCGAUCGGUGUCAGUUUCGAACAAUAUGCACAGAUCGAGUUACGGCACAGACAUUGACACGCGCCAACAUUAUUUAUAUCGAGGAGAAUUGUAUUGUAAAAACAGAUAACUUUGCAAUUCACACGCACAUGAAUAUGCAAAGUAAAGCAGAUUUAAAAUACAGCAUACCUACACCCGAAAUCGACCCAAUAAACCACAUAAUAAACAUUACAGUCGAAAAAUUCGAAAACAGCAGCUUGAACUUUAUGGAAAGAAACGAAGAUAAAAACAUACAAGAAAGAAUAAAAGCGCUAAAGGAAAGUCUACUACCCGACGAGAACGACUAUUCUAUACAUGAUGUACACCACUACACUGCCAUAUACUGCCUUUGGAUCACAAUGAUCAUAACAGCAAUCGUGCUAAUUUGCCGAAAAAACCGUUGCCAAUGGAGACUUCUAAGAGCUCCGGCAACCCCAACGAAUCCAGAGGAUUCAGCAGCAUCGGACAACAUCUUCGAGAGACGCCGACCGAUCCAGCCGCCGCCGCCGCCGCCCCGAGCAAGCGCGAGCGCGGCCUCCACGCCGUGCAGUGCACGUCGCACCAGCACCGGUGACAUUUGUAGUGAUGAUAAGUGCAGUGUUAGUGCGCGAUAUCGAGCGAAAAGUGUGAGUGAAGGAGAAAUAAAUAAUGCGCGAGUGAAAGUGCUCACAUGUCAUACACGCGAGAUGAGUCAAUCGACACAUAUGGACAGGGGAAGCUCCCCAAUUUUAAGAAAAAUAUCAUUCAAUGAAUAA